AUGGCCUCCCGUGCGGAUCGAUCUCGCUCUCCAGCACGUCGAGAGAUGCAGGCUAGUGCAGAAGGCUCCCGCCCUACUGGACCAUCCGGUCCGCCGGCACCCACGCCGGCUGGUGUCAUGGGGGACAGAUUGGCGGAUCGGCCGACAGGGGGAGACGAGCAUCCCGCAUUUACCACUAGUGGUGUGGCUGGAGUUGCACCGAACACGCCGGCCGCCUUAUUCCUGGCAGCACCGCCACAUGAGACAGCACCUAUGCUCAGCAUCACGCUGCCUCACAAUCUGCAGUUCCGAGUUGAGGUCAUUAUCAGGACGGCACCCAACGAACGUCAACCUGCGGACCGAACUGGCUAG